AUGAGGAGCUGGAAGCGUGGUUACCAUUCCGGCCUCCUGCCCUUGCGGCAUCGGGGGUUUACGUUCGGUGUGGAGCUGAUUCCGCCGCGGCGGCCGUCGCUUACUUCAUCCUUUGCGGACGCUGUCGCGUUGGUCUCUCCACACCGGCCCGCGUACUACACAUUGCCCAUGAAGGCGCCGUACUUUGCCGCCUCGGGACGUAGUGGAUUGCAGAGUGCCGUGGAUCAUGUGCAGCAAGCGGGUGGGCGCGUCAUUCUCACCGUGACAACGACGAUGAGUGCCGAUGAGGACAACGGCGCGGCAGCCACAUGCGAGGGGGUGAGGCGUAUUCUUCAGGACUUUUUGGUGGUGCGAGGGGGUGAGGCGCUGCUGCUGCUUCGCGGAGAUGAUGCAGUGCGACGGAACGGGGAACGAGAGUCUGCCGCGGUGCGGGAGCGACAAGGCGGUUUCCAAGACAGUGUCCAGCUGCUACAGUUUGCGACCAGCGAGGCGAGGGUGCUAACAGAGGCGCCGGUCUCGCUGUUCUCCAGCGGAUACCCCCAAGGCCAUCCAAUGGAUCGCGUCUGGGGCCGUGACUCUCACGCCUCUCUGGCGUUUCUUGACAAACUUGCCGGCGGCAUGAACGAUCUGAGCGCGGAUGUCGCGGUGGCGCAACCGCCCCGUGGCUGGAACGCCGCGUGUGUGGAGGUGCGCAAGCUGCUUUACCAGGUGGAGCUGGCACUUUCCCUGCGUGAGGUGUCCUCGUCCUUGCCGCGCGACGCGGCGCAGCGGGGGGUGGAGACACUGGUGCGUAAAAAAAUUUUACAGCACGGGGUUCGCGGGGUUAUCACGCAAACUCUGACAGAUGCCGCGGAGUUUAUUGCGUACGUGGACGACACCCACCGUGAGCUCCGCCGCGCCGGUGCGGGUGCCUUGGUGGAGGCGGUGACGUUCUUUCCCGGCAUCCUGGCGCCACUCACGGCGCAGGAGUACACACGUCUGCUGCUGAUUACCAAAACGAUACCCAGCGCCGUGGUGCAGCAGGGGCUACGCGCCUACCGUGACGGUCUGAGGGCGGCAGCGGCAGCAGCCCCGCAGUUGGGAACCUCCGAUGAAAGGCGGGUUGAGACGUUGAUGGACGCAAAGGCGGUGCUGGAGCGGACGUUUCACGCAACGCUGGAGGAGGAGACCAUGGCGUUGUGUCGCACAGUCUUCAGCGCCGGUCACCGGUGCCUUCACUUUUCCGUUUUUAGGAACAGCAACCUGCCCUCCCUGCUGCAACUGCUCGAUCGUCUCCGCGGGGAGGAGGGCGACGGCGGCACCGCGUCUUCUGCAAUGCCCAGCCCUCCUCUUUUUUCCCUUUUGUAG